CUCUCCAACGUUAACAAGUCUAUACAAGGUUUCAAGAUGACUGGUCGAGGAAAGGGAGGAAAGGGAUUGGGUAAAGGAGGAGCGAAGCGGCACAGGAAGGUGCUUCGUGAUAACAUCCAGGGAAUAACCAAGCCCGCUAUUCGUCGUCUGGCCCGCCGUGGUGGAGUGAAAAGAAUCUCCGGGCUGAUCUAUGAAGAGACUCGUGGUGUCCUGAAGGUGUUUCUUGAGAACGUCAUUCGUGAUGCUGUGACUUACACCGAGCACGCCAAGAGGAAAACCGUGACCGCGAUGGACGUUGUAUACGCUCUGAAACGACAAGGUCGCACUCUUUACGGAUUUGGAGGUUAAAUCUACAAGCGCUUGCCCGCGU